CCCUGGAUCCACAAGCAGGUCUUGGAGCGGGACCGGGUGGGUGUUUGUUUCUGUUGCUGCCCAGAGCCUGGGCCGUGGGGUGCGCAGGAGCGUGGAACUCCGUGCGCUCUGGGCUAGGCAGGAGAACCGGUCGGAUUCAGUUUUCCUUUACCUGACUGAGCUGCAGGUACGGCACGGUGCCUGGGUCUCCUGCCUCGGAGGAGCAACUGGCCGGGUCCUGGGGGGGCGCCCGCGCUGAUCAUCCGCCCGCUGCCCCCACAGGCAGCCAGACUCUGCCAUGGCUGACCACCUGAUGCUCGCUGAGGGCUACCGCCUAGUGCAGAGGCCGCCGCCGGCCGCUACCAACCACGGCCCUCACGGGAUUCGGACUCUGCAACCGUACGCGGGCCCGGGUAUGGACAGCGGGCUGCGGCCGCGGGGAGCUCUGUUGGGACCGCCCCCGCCCCCACCCGGGGCCGUGUCGUACGGGGCCUUCGGGCCGCCGUCCUCCUUCCAGCCUUUUCCGGCCGUGCAGCCGCCGACCGCCGGCAGCGCGCACCUGCAGCCUGCGGCGACACUGUACCCAGGCCGCGCGACCGCGGCCCCGGGCGCCCCCGGAGGCCCCCCAGGCCCGCAGCCACAGCCCGCCGCCGUGGCCCCGCCGCCGCCAGCGCACGUCCUGGGCGGCAUAGACGCCGCCGAACUCAUCGACGAGGAGGCGCUGACGUCGCUAGAGCUCGAGCUCGGGCUGCACCGCGUGCGCGAGCUGCCCGAGCUCUUCUUGGGCCAGAGCGAGUUCGACUGCUUCUCGGACUUGGGGUCGGCGCCGCCCGCCGGCUCGGUGAGCUGCUGAGCGCGCCGCGGAGAAGCGGGCCUGACCUCCGGCGGGACUCCGCACCCGGCGACCCGGCCCCGGACACACCCUCUGUGAGGGUGGAGGCGGCGGGUUUGUGCGCCGAGCGCCGCAAGGGGCUGGGACUCCUGGCCUGCCUUCAUCGGGGUGACAGUUGGCUUCACUUCUCUGACCUGAACCCCAAAGUGAAGGAGACUGGACCAGCUUUUGGACUCCACGUUCUUGGAUUUUGUGUCCUCUUUUCUCGGCCCCUCCCCCCCAAUCUGAGCCAUGGCAGGCCUCUGCCUGAUUUCCCUUCUUCUUGUGCAGCCCACUACCGGAACUGGGUCCCGGAGCCACCAUUCCUUGAGCCCUUGAGCCGCACCCCCGCCGCCUGAGCCCCCACCCUCGCAGGGCCUCUGGCCUGCGGGAGGGGAAGAUUGUACAGCUCUAUACCCUGCAGAGUGGAGCAAUGCCCCAUCUGGCCUCCAAAACCAAAAUAAAAUUGGGUCACUUUAUAGUC